CAACUUGAUAGUCUUUUUUGCAAUUUGCAGAGAAAAGGUUAAAAGCUACCAAAUCCCUAGAGAUUUUUUGUCGCAAACCCAGUUUUUAAUAAACUUCAACGAAACUACCAAUUUUAUUUUGAUUUUUUUUCAAGUGAAUAUUGUUUGCAACCAUUACGUGUAAAAAUGCCAUCUAAUAUGAAUAAUAAACUCGACCCAACGUUUAGUAGUAGUAUCAGUAGUAGAAGAGAAGUUAAUGAAAAUGCGCUUGGAUUCCCCAGUGUAUCUAAGGCGCGUACCGUCUCCACCUCCUCUUGCGCUACCAACAUGUCGACUGAGUCCUUCUGUAUCUCUCUCGGCGUAGGGCCUCUGUGGUGGUUUGAUGUCCCUACCCACCACAGAACUGAUCACGAUAGGGCGUCACUCUUAACUGAUUAUUCUCGGAAGACUUCUGUGGAUUCAGGUGGUGGCAAUGCAUUCGAAAGCAUCCGCUCUUCGUCGGAGUGCUCUGAAUCGGACGGCAGUGACUCACAGCAUAGUAGUGAUGUGCAUUCACUGUAUUCUGAAGACGAUUGCCAAGAGAUGGUCAAACACAUUUUGCAACACGACAAUCCAACUCGCAUUACCAUCAAAUUGCACGUAACUGAAAACAAAUAUACGAAAUGGGAGUCGGUUUUGAACCCCAUAAAUAACAUCUUGUACGUUGCAAUGCCUGAGGAGCUUCCACCAGAGGCUUCAAAGGAUACAUUCAUAUCCUUGCUAGAAUUCGCCGAGGAGAAGUUGGAUGUGGAUGCAGUUGUGUUGUGUGUAAACAAGAACCGACCAGAUCGUGCAUGUCUUUUAGAGACUUUCUUGAUCAUGGGAUUCCAACCUUUGUCAAGGAAAUCGCCGAUGGCACCACCAGCUACUGCUGACGAUUCUGAGAAUUUCUUCCUUAUCUACCACAUUGAAGACUAAGUUGACAUAUUAAAAACAUCUUGAAAAUGUAUGUAUGUGCCGCUAGCUUAUUCAUAACGACAAAGGAAACAACAUCAACAACACCAACACCAAAUUGAAGCACUUUUUAAAGAAAAGGGACAACAAAAGAAAUGCUUACAUACAUCCUUAUUUAGUCAGUUAUGCAAUUCACACUGGCGCACAUACCAAAUGUCAACUUGGAGAAAGUUAAGAGUAAAGGCAAAAUUAUCGUAUUUUAUUCAAAUUCAAUUAUAUAUCUAAAAAAAUAAAAAUGUAAAAAAAAGUCAAAUAACAAAAAAAUCCAAAAAAAAGUAUAGUUUUAGGCGAAUUAAUAUUCAGCUCCUACACAUAUGAACGUGUCGAUUAAUUUUACUAACAAAAUGCAUUACAUUUGAAGUAUAUUUUUAUUUUGAAAUGAAUAAUUUUUUUUUUUUAAUUUGAACUUAUCUUACGCAUUAUAUAUGAAGUCUCUUUUUAUUUUGAAUUUAAUUAAUUUUUUUAAGCAAACUGCAAAAUUUCCACUUAUUUUAUCUUACGCAUUAUAUAUGAAGUAUAUUUUUUUUUUUUUUUAAUUGAUUUUAUGUUUUUUAAACAAACUGCAAAAUUUAUUAUUCAAUGAACUUAUUUUAUUUUACUUUCUUUUAUCGAUUACUUGAAAAUGAACUUAUUUUAUUUUACUUUCUUUUAUCGAUUACUUGUAACAAAUUCCGUUUAUUACAAAAGUUUUGCUAAAAAUUUUCGUAACAAAAGUUAUACAUUAUUAAUUAUUUCGUAAAUUAUCUGAUUCAUUUUAAAAGUACAACAUCAUUGAAUUUGUUUCCAUUCUACAUAACUAAGUAUUUAACAGAAGCCAUCAUUAACACAUAUUUAUAAAAAUUAUUUAAACAGUAAGGGAACUUAUGUAAUAAAACGGAAGAAAAAGCAAAAAAA